AAGCCCUUCUUUUUCAUCUCUCUCUUUUUUGCUUUCUCUUUGCUUCACCAAUUCAUCUCCCCUCUCUCACUCUUGCAUUAUAAAUCUGUCAUUCUGCUCCUCUAUUUUCUCCCCCUUUUCCUUUACCCUCUUCUCAGCCUUCAACAUUUUAAACAAAUUAAUUCCUAAGUGGCAUUCCAUGUGCAUUGGAAUCACACUCUUCUGCUUUCUGCGAUAUAUUAACCCCACCGUCCAUCCAUUAUUAUAAUACUUUUCAAUUCCUACAUAUAUACUCUCAUCUCUCCUCUUUCUCUUUCAGUACGUAUAAUACUUGUAUAUUACAUUCCUUUCCUUUCCAUCAACAAGUUUACUGCAAAAAGAAUGGGUGAAGAAGCUAAACAAGCAGAGGCCAAGCCAGAAGCCAAACCAGAGGAAAAGGCUGAAGAGAAGAAAGAAGAGAAGAAAGAAGAGCCAAAACCACCGUCUCCCUUUGUCUUGUUUGUGGACUUGCAUUGUGUGGGAUGUGCUAAAAAGAUUGAGAAGUCUAUCAUGAAAAUUAGAGGUGUGGAGGGAGUAGUGAUAGAUAUGGCUCAAAACCAAGUUACUAUAAAAGGAAUAAUAGAACCUCAAGCUGUUUGCAACAGAAUCACCAAGAAAACUAAAAGAAGAGCUAAAGUUUUGUCUCCAUUGCCUGAAGCUGAGGGUGAACCAAUGCCUCAACUUGUCAAAUCACAGGUUAGUGAAUCAACAACUGUGGAGCUUAACGUCAACAUGCACUGUGAGGCCUGUGCUGAGCAACUUAAAAGAAAGAUACUCAAAAUGAGAGGAGUGCAAACAGCUACAACGGAGUUAAGCACAGGGAAAGUAACAGUCACAGGAACAAUGGACCCAGAAAAGCUAGUUGAUUAUGUUUAUAGACGCACAAAAAAGCAAGCAAAGUUAGUUCCACAACCAGAACCUGAACCAGAAAAGAAAGAAGAAGAGAAACCAGCUGCUGCUCCUGAAGAAGCAAAACCAGCAGAAGAGAAAAAAGAAGAAAAUACAGAGAAAAAAGAAGAGCAAAAACCCCCAGAAGCUCCAGAAUCCAAUGAUAAGAAAGGAGAAGAAAACAAAGACCCACAAAAUAAUAAUACUGAGAAUAAAGAAGAAGAAGCCAAAAAGGAAGAAGCUAAUAGUGAAAUCAUAUCUGCCAUUGAUGAAGAGAAUAUGAAGAGGAUGAUGUAUUAUUAUCAACCUCUUUAUGUGAUUGAGCGAAUCCCACCGCCUCAGCUUUUUAGCGAUGAGAAUCCCAAUGCAUGUUCAAUUUCAUGAUUGUAAUAAUUAAUAAAUAUAUAUAUUAAAUGUAAUUGCAUGCAUAUAUUUCCACUCUGAUGAGAAUUUUAGAGAAGCUCGAUCAGUGGAAGGUGAGUGAAGAAUGGGAAUUGUUUUAGCUCUAAACCCAUUAAUUACUAAUAAUCAAUUAAAAUCGUCAUUCUGUA